UCCCUCACCCAAAGCUAAACAGAGGUUUUGUUGACAUGGGCUUUUAACUUAAUCAGGUGAUGACCGCUCGGAAAUCGAACUUGACGCAUGACAAAUAGGAUCCGAUAUCAGUGAGUAGCCCAAUAUGCGGUGUAGCGUGUGUAAGAUUCCCAAGAGGGACAGCCACGCCCAAUGGCAGCCCACCACCCAACGCACACCUUUGACUCGAGUCCAAGUCGUUUUUAAGCUCUACGACCUGACCAAAACCGAAUUCGAGUCUGGAUUCCUCUGCGUGGGAUGCUUUGAUUUGGUGAUCCAAAUCGAGAGCUUGGAACAUCAACUCAAGUCAUUGGUGCAGCAAACCGAAGAUGAUAUGGAUCAUCAUGACAUUAAAAUCUUGGAGACGUCAACUGCAUUGGACACCACAAAUGAAGUAAAUAUGUCACCUUCUCUGGAAGUAUUGGGUCCAUUGAGGUAUGACAAAAAUGAGGACCAAGAGCGUUCCACUAACGGGACCUUGGGUGAGGAACAGAAUGCCGAAUGUGAUGCCAAAGGACUUAGACACUUCCCUGAGAUGAUCCUCGAUGGUGCGGUAAUCAAGCAAGAGGAAUUGGCACUGGACGAGGAUCCCCUGCCCAUCAAUAUCAAACUGAGUCGCCAACGCAAAUCCCCGCCAUUCAAGCCCAGGAUCUUCAACACUCACCCAGACAAUCUGGACUUUGAUAUCUCAACCGGGAAGACCAACAACCAACGCGAUGCUCUCAUUUACCAAGGGUAUAAGUUUUACCAAGAGGCUUGGCGCUCUCGAAGACAUGAGACCAAUCAAACCAUGGACAUUUGGCGAUGUCGAAAUCGACGCUGCCGAGGACGAAUCAUCUCCUACAUGAAUGUUCAAUGUGUGCUCAAAGAUACCCUUGUGGAGCAUUGUCAUCCCCCGAAUCCCGAGCAAGUCCUACUUUACGAAGAAUUUCAAGAGCAAAUCCGGCAAAUCGUGUUCGAGCAUCCGGAUAUGCCGCCGGAAAAUGUGUUCACUUCAGCACAAAUGCUUUGUCCAAAUAUCGUUGUGGACAAAACGGAUAAUAUGAUGCGUAACAUCCGACGGCUGAAAAAGAAUCGUCGGGAAGAGUUAGAUGCAACGCAAAACCAUCUAGUUACUGUGAACCUGAACCCUAGUUAAAACAUUAAUAAAUAGUCAACGGAUGCCCUUAUUUCGUCCCGAUCACCCUGAAUGCUGGGGAACAUCGUAGAGUGAAAGGACAAGAAGCAUAGGAUAUGUAGAUAAAUAUUAAUGAAUACCGAAUUUUUUAAAGUAAGCUGAAAACUUUGAAAAGAAGUACAUUCAGUUGCAGUCUCAAUACAUAUCUACAGAACAAUAGUAGUACUUUCUUAAAGAAAACAAUUUCACAAUUAAACAAAACGUCAAGUGGAGCAUUUUCCUGUAGAGCUCUGGUUCCUUUCUCCUUUCAUCCUUUCCCCCCGAGUGUCACAAUUUCAGGCGACACAUACAGAGAGAAACCUAAUUUCAUGACUUGUUGAAACAUGAAGUGCAGCGUUUGCAAGGCUGUCAAAACUCAACCAAUUGUCAAAACGGGUGUCAAGGAUCAUUGGCACAGUACCUCUCAAAGAACGCCCGUCGUGGGCGUGAAAGUUCUGUUCAAAUUAUAUGAUCUUACCAAGAUUGAAUUUGAAUCCGGAUUCGUCUGCGUCCUGUGCUACGAUCUCAUUGUCCAAAUAGAAAGCUUGGAGUACCAACUCAAAACCUUGGCGGAGCAAGGCAAUCAAACAGAGCAAGAUGGUGCUAUCGAAUCCUUCAUCAACAACCAAAUUGGCAAAUCCCGAGAUCCCUACAUAUUCGAAGAUGAAAGCCAAGACGAAAAAGCUCAAAAUGUUGAAGGCGUCAGUGAUAACGAGGCCGAGGUCGAGGAUGAUCCACACGACAAUGAGGAAGAUAUAUCUUGUGAAUCUGACAGCUCUAAUAAACAAAUAGAGACAGGUCAGGACAAAACUGCAAUGGACCUAAUCCUUACUUCAGUUAAAGAUGAAGAAAUGGAAAGCGACCCUAUGGAGCCCGUGAAUCUCAACUUGAAUCGCAAGCGUCAAAGGCCCCGACCGCCAAAUUUGCGGAAGUACAACACCAGUGAUGACAAUUUGGACUUCGAUACGACCAUUGUCAAAAAUAACCAAACCAAUGAUUCGCUCAUUUACAAAGGGUACAAGUUUUACGCAGAAAAAUGGCGAGCCCAACGGCAUGAAGCCACUUUAACCAUGGGUCUGUGGAAGUGCAAGGAUAAGAAAUGUCGGUCAAAGGUCAUCUCUUAUAUGAACGGACAGUGCGUGCUCAAGAACUCCCUCAUCAAGCACUCCCAUCCGCCCAUUCCUAAAAAAGUAUUUCUCUUUGAAGAGUUCCAGGACCAGAUCCGAAAAUUAGUCAGCGAACAUCCGGACAUGACACCGGAUGGCGUGUUUGCCGCUGCUCAGAUGCUCUGUCCAAAUAUUCCGGUGGUGAAGAACGAUUCCAUGAUGAGAUUCAUCAAACGGGCCAAGGACAAGGUGAAAAAGUAAUCUCGGAAGUGCAUUUCUUCGUGUUUAUUUGAUGUCAAUGAUUUGAGUUGAAUUACAAUCUAAGAUGUGUUGCAAUGGCUCAGAUUUGACACACGAGUAACUUUAAUUGCAUUCGAAAUCUCUUGACCAGAAUGUAUUAUUGAUCUAACGGGGUGCGCUUGAAGGAAAUUUUGAUUAAUUCCAAGACUCGAUGACAUGCUAACACAAAUAUUGUAAAAUAACGGAUCCAAUGAGACAUUCUUGCAAUAAAGGCUUUACUUUAAAUUAA